AUGGAUGUAAAUGUCAAACAGUUACAUCUCUAUUCUAUCUAUAUAAUUUGUAAAAAAAUUAUUAUUUUUAGGUUUAAGGAAUAAGAAAAGAGGAGGUAAAAGAAAAUUUGGUUCCCUUAAAUCUGGAUAGAUAGGUUUGAAUUUAAAAGUGUGCUACCAACCAAAAUUUAGUUCUCUUUAUAUCACCUGCGAACACUUACUGGAGUCAUUUAAUUGUCAAUAAACAUAAAUUUAACUUGCAUAUUUGACAAAAGGAGCCACGAGAAUUGAUCUCACCUAGUAUUGUGUCAUAAUAACAGAACAAGACGCAGAAUUAGAAUGUAAUUCUGAAAAACUUCCAGAUGGAGAAUGGUUGAUCAAUGUUUUACAUUAUAUCUCUCUUAAUCAUUGCUAUAUUUUUAUAGUACCUCCUAUAGACUUUCGAAUUUUUCAUUACAAGGCAUAUAGUAUUUAUUAAUAAAUGUAUUUUUAGUAAUUUGAAAUUAAUAAAUACCUUAUUUUUUAGAAAAAGAAAUGGCAUUUUUUUUAUGUCAACUGUUUAAUAAAGAAUACAAAUGUCUAUAAAAGUAGAGAAAAUUCAUAAAAUACAACCCAAGAGGAGAAUAAAAAGAAAUAGGUAACUUGUAAGCCUUAACAACUAAUAAAAAAGAUAUUGGAUUAAUUUAAAGCGAAAUAAAUAAUGAGUUAUAAUAUUAAUAACAUUAAAAAAAUAUUGGAGAUAACAGUAAAGUAAGAAAAAAAAAACAGUACUGUCUAUUUAAAUGAUUAAAAAUGA